UGGGGGCAAUCAUGGUGCCGCUGGGGAGGGGAGAAGCUGCCGCUGCCGCCGUUGCCGGGAGCCGCGGAGAUAGGUCGUUACCUUUCCAGCUCUCACAAUUGGGCUGAGCACGACUGAACCAUGGGGGAACACAGUCCGGACGACAACAUCAUCUACUUUGAGGCAGAGGAAGAUGAGCUGACCUCCGAUGACAAGAUGCUCAGGUUCGUGGAUAAAAACGGACUGGUGCCUUCCUCAUCUGGAACUGUUUAUGAUAGGACGACUGUUCUGAUUGAGCAGGACCCUGGCACUUUGGAGGAUGAAGAUGACGAUGGACAGUGUGGAGAACACUUGCCUUUUCUAGUAGGAGGUGAAGAGGGCUUUCACCUAAUAGAUCACGAAGCAAUGUCCCAGGGUUACGUGCAACACAUUAUCUCACCGGAUCAGAUUCAUUUAACAAUAAACCCUGGUUCCACGCCCAUGCCAAGAAAUAUCGAAGGUGCAACUCUCACUCUGCAGUCGGAAUGUCCAGAAACGAAACGUAAAGAAGUAAAGCGGUACCAGUGCACCUUCGAGGGCUGUCCCCGCACCUACAGCACAGCGGGCAACCUGCGCACCCACCAGAAGACUCACCGGGGAGAGUACACCUUUGUCUGUAAUCAGGAGGGCUGCGGCAAGGCCUUCCUCACCUCCUACAGCCUCAGGAUCCACGUGCGAGUGCACACGAAGGAGAAGCCAUUUGAGUGCGACGUGCAGGGCUGUGAGAAGGCGUUCAACACGCUGUACAGGCUGAAAGCACAUCAGAGGCUUCACACAGGGAAAACGUUUAACUGUGAAUCUGAAGGCUGCAGCAAGUACUUCACCACACUCAGCGAUCUGAGGAAGCACAUUCGAACGCAUACAGGAGAAAAGCCAUUUCGGUGCGAUCAUGACGGCUGUGGGAAAGCAUUUGCAGCAAGCCACCACCUUAAAACCCAUGUCCGCACGCAUACUGGUGAAAGACCCUUUUUCUGCCCCAGUAAUGGCUGUGAGAAAACAUUCAGCACUCAAUACAGUCUCAAAAGUCACAUGAAAGGUCACGAUAACAAAGGACACUCAUACAAUGCACUUCCAAAUCACAAUGGAUCAGAGGAUACAAAUCACUCACUUUGUCUGAGUGACUUGAGCCUACUAUCCACAGAUUCUGAACUGCGAGAAAAUUCUACUACAGGCCAAGACCUCAGCACAAUUUCACCAGCAAUCAUCUUUGAAUCCAUGUUCCAGAAUUCAGAUGAUCCAGCAAUUCAGGAAGAUCCUCAGCAGACAGCUGCCUUGAUUGAAAGUUUUAAUGGUGAUGCAGAGUCAGUCAGUGAUGUUCCGCCAUCCACAGGAAAUUCAGCAUCUUUAUCUCUUCCGCUUGUACUGCAGCCUGGCAUCUCCGAGCCACCCCAGCCUCUACUACCAGCCUCAGCACCGUCUGCUCCUCCGCCUGCUCCCUCCCUAGGAACUGGUUCCCAGCAAGCUGCAUUUGGCAACCCCUCUGCUCUCUUACAACCUCCAGAAGUGCCUGCUCCCCACAGCACACAGUUUGCUGCUAAUCAUCCAGAGUUUCUUCCGCACCCCCAGGCCCCACAGCCCAUCGUUCCAGGACUUUCUGUUGUUGCCGGGGCUUCGGCGGCGGCAUCAGCCGUGGCAGGACCGCCCCAACCACAAAGUACUACUGAGCCCCUGCCAGCCGUGGUCCAGACUCUGCCCCUGGGCACCAACUCUGUCCUGACUAAUAACCCCACUAUAACCAUCACCCCGACUCCCAGCACGGCCAUCCUGCAGUCCAGCCUAGUCAUGGGAGAACAGAACUUACAAUGGAUAUUAAAUGGUGCCACCAGUUCACCGCAAACCCAAGAACAAAUUCAGCAAGCAUCUAAAGUUGAGAAGGUGUUUUUUACCACUGCAGUACCAGUAGCCAGUAGCACAGGGAGCUCUGUACAGCAGAUUGGCCUCAGCGUUCCUGUGAUCAUCAUCAAACAAGAGGAGGCGUGUCAGUGUCAGUGCGCGUGCCGGGACUCUGCCAGGGAGCGGGCGGCGGCGGGCAGGAGGAAGGGCUGCUCUUCCCCAUCCCCCACGGAGCCGAGCCCCCAGCCUCCUGACGGGCCCAGCCUGAAGCCACCGUCACAGACGUUCCCCUCAGCCCCCGGUCCCUUGUCGUCAUCUUCCGCUGUACCCUCUUCCUGUGAGCAAGGCAGACGGGCAGAGACUCCUUCAGACCCUCAGACAGAAACGUUAAGUGCCAUGGAUGUGUCAGAGUUCUUGUCCCUCCAGAGCCUGGACACCCCAUCCAACCUGAUUCCCAUUGAAGCACUACUGCAGGGGGAGGAGGAGAUGGGCCUGACCAGCUUCUCCAAGUGAAAGGGCCGCGUGCGCUCACCUCUAGGAAAAGAGGGUGAGCGGGAAGCGGAAGGUGCGGUGCCUGCCAUCGUGGGGGGGUCAGCAGUCCGAAGGAUGAAGAAAUCUACUGUUUGAAAUCCUCACCUUUCAGACGUAUUUUCUUUAGUCAUAUCCCAGGAGCAUCCAUUUUAAGAAACUGAUCUUUGGAAAAAAACAAACAAAAAAACACACAAAAAAAAAACAAAACAAAAAAAAGCUAAGUUAUAAAUGAACUGUUUGGCUGCACUGUAUGUCACUUUUGCUUAUUGUCAUGUGAACUUGGAAAUUAAGGUUACUCGUAUGCAUAAACGUUCGAAAUGAAAGGGUGUGGCUUCCAUCGGUCUGAGGCUGCCCUCACUUGCACUGGGGUCCUUGUGGUUUGGGCAGUGGAGUUCAGUGUGUCGGGUUUCGCUCCUCGGGUGUCCUGUGCGUCUUUUGAAUCUGAGGCCGAAGCUUGCAAGGAAGGCCGGGCAUUCCUCCAUCAGAGCGGAGAGUGGCAAAGGCAGGGUGGACAGCUGCGAGCUGGACAGGGAUCGGGCGAGGUGGUCUGUUGUUUGAUUUGGUGUCCGUGGAGCUCAGGGUGACUGGCCGGUGGCGCCCUGCAGCCAGCUACAGCACAAUGGGUAGCGAAAGCCUGGCCCGAGGCUGUGGUCAGUGAUCUGGGGUCUGCAGCGGCCCCGGGCGAGCUGUUGACCGCUGUCGGUCCCUGCCAUUUGCCUAGCUGGCUCCAGCAACAGUGUCACAGUCUUCUGCCUUCCCGGUUCUUUCUGUCUGUCGGUUGGUUGCCGGGUCCUGCAGAUCGCAGCGAACUUCUCUUGGGGAAAACAUCCCUGUUUUGUCCUCGAGUGGACAUGUGGCAUAUGGCCAGUUGCUGGUUGGUGGUCUGCGUUCCUUUAAUGGCAUUUUCUUCCUCAGAGCAGGAGAGCCGCAUUUUGCUUAUCAGGAGGAGGAAGUCACUGUUGGUGUGUUGUGAGGCGGCAUGUGAUUGGCAGGCCAGGUGUCCUGGGUGCAGGUUCUAGCCAGGCUUUUGGUUGCCCCUCCCAUCUCCACCUCUCACCCUCUGGAUUUUGCAUACAGUCUAGUACAGUGCAAAGAAGGAUGUGACUUGCUCAGCCUUGUCACGUGAUUUCUAAACAAAUACACAAAAGCAAACAAAAAUCACAAAACGAUGAUCUUCUACUCAGGGUAAAACAAAACAAAACAAAAAUCUCCCUUCCACCAAAAAGCCUGAAAUGUUGCAAUAAGUUAUCUCAUUUGGAAUGUUUCAUUAAGUUGUGUUAUGGGGGGGGAAUUUUUUUUUCAUUUGUGUAUAGAAUUAUAUCCAUCUGUCUGCCUUUGGCUCUAAGUCAUUGCCUCUUAAAAUAAAACCUAAAACACAAUUCACACUAAAAUGGAAAGUUUCUCUCAGCUGGCUAUAUUAAUGUAGUCAUGAGUGCUCACCAAGCUCACCGAGCUCAGAAAUGAGGCCUGGCCCAGGGUCUGGACCAGGCUUCGGCCUCCAAGAGCCCCUUCCCUGCCUUGAGCAAGGAACAGGGCCCACAAGCAGGGCUGCUCUUCCGAGUCGACAGUGUCAGGCAGAGAGCAGCCGUCGUUUUGCCUUCCUUCACCAUUACCUGAUGUAAAGAGACCUGCCUGUGUCACUCUUCUGUCCUCUGAGCUAUUUAUUACUCGGGCCAGCCAAGACAGCAGCCAGAGCUGCUCAUUUAUCUGGGAGCCAGAGGCCGUGCCCGGCCUUUGACAGAAUUUCAGGGACAGAGUUGGACAAGAGGGCAGAGGUAGUCCGCGUUGUUACUGCCCCGAGGAGAAAAGGGCUUUACCCGCAGGCAGCUGGUGGCUUCUCAUUCUAGGAGUCUAGGCAGGAGAAUCCAUUUCUUUUUGACCUUCUGCACUCCUGUCCCCAGAAGGCUGGUGGGUUCUGGUAACCACUGACCUCAGCAGAAGUUGGUAAGGCAGGAAGCAGCUUCCAUUUACCACCAUGGGUUAAUCUUCCUGGAAAACCAGUUGCUGAGCGUGGCUUGUCCUCGGCUGUCUCUGGGUCUCACACCCAUAGGAAGCUUUGAGGCUGGAGCCACGCUGUUUUCUCUACAGCUUUGGACAGAAUGACACAAUGGGGUUCCAAAGGGAGCUCAUAUCGGAGGGCAUGAAUGACCUUCCCACAUACCCAUCCGAGGGGCACCUGGGAUGCAGUUCCCUGGGAGCUGAGGUGGGAAACAGGAACCCAGAGGAGGCCAUUGGAGGUGUCUGUGGUUUCGUUACUGCUUCUUUCUAGAUAAUCAGGGCUGUGCUCCUGUUGGGCCUGCCUAGGUCAGUGGCUUUCCUGCUCUCCAAAGAUCGGGGGUGAUGAAGCAGCAUCUUAAAAGCAGUAUUUAGGCUGACAGAUUUUUCUAGUUGAAGUAUCUGCCUUUUGAGGGUGACUGGAAAUGACAGGGGGGACUGUCAGAGCCAAGUAGCUUUUGAAAAAUCAGAAAUGUGCUUAAGAUGCUAGUGAGUGGUUGUGAAGAGCAGGUUUGCCCACAGGCCAGGCCGUCUUCCCUUCCGGUGCCAGCGCUCUUCCCCCCGCCUGUCACCUGCUGCAAGCCUGGCCUCUUGCGCCAGGAACCUCGGGGAAGAGCGGGCUGUUGGCGAAAGUGGAGCUAGAAAGAGCCUUCGCGGAGAGUGUAUUUUCCAAACCCAGGCACGAACCCAUGGCGAGGUUAGGCAGGGCUGCAGACUUCAGGCAGGUGAAACCAAGCCUGUUUUCUUCCCAUGGUAAGCUUAGUACACCACGUAGACGGAUUCUUCCAGCGCCCACUAGCGUCACCAGUUCCACCGCCCUUUGCUGGGUGUAGUCAGCACCGAGGACUGGAGUUCACAGACUUAUCAGGGGAUAGGAAACCAGCUGGCACCUCCAAACUGCCUUAGUGAUCCGGGCCCUUCCCUGCCAGGUGGGUGGGACAUUGAGGGAGGAUGGCCCUGCCUCUCCCGGCAGCCUCGUGGGGCAUCGCCAGUUUGGUGACAGGAGUUGAUGUCAUUUGUUCAGUUCCACCCCUUCCCCCUUAGAAGGAGAUCAUGGUACAAAGCCCAGGAGAGGCCUUAAGGUGUGAAGGCCUCUCUGGGUAGAAGCCAGGGACUUGUCUCCCCCACCUCUGGGAAAGUCAGUAGAUUGGAGUUUUACCUUCAGGGUCAAGGCAGUGGACUGAUGGGGAUAAUGGAGGGUGGGUGGGUUUUCCUGAGAGACUUUGUAUAAUGCUGAAUGUGUCCAGAGGGGUGAGUUUGCAGAACCUCAUAUUGAUAUAUUAAAGAAAUAAUAAAAUAAAAAAAGCACUUUAGGUUAUUUUAUCUUUAACCCAAUUGCUGCAAUUUCUUUUGUGUAUAUAUAUACAUAUAUAUACUUUCCACAAAGUUUUAUUUUUUGCUCAGAAGAAAAAGUUAAAUUGAGGUGUGAAAAGAAAAGCACUUACCUUGGUGCAAUAUGUGUAGCUUGACGGUCGUUGUCCCAUGUGGCCCUGGCCUGGUCGCGUUUUUUUCCGCUCGCUCAGCCCUGUACUGUGAGGCUGUCUAUAGGGAAACACUAUUAUGCACUCUCAGCAACUGCUCUAUCUAUGCAAGCCUUCCCUGUGUGCCCGAGGGCGCCCCCUCAGGCUCUCUGAAGAACUGCUGUGGGUCCUGUUUUCCUCUGCUGACUUGAGGCCCCGUUUUCAUCACUUCUCGGUCCCUUGCAUCUUGCCCCGCCUUCACCAUUACAAAGUGAUGCCUGAAAGGAAGGAGCAGGCUGUUCCUCGGUAGACACCUGGCCCCUUCUAGACUUUUAUUAUCUGUAAUCACGUUUCGUUGUCUUCAGUCUUAGCGACUUCUCCAGAGUCACUGAAACCACUGAUUUGUGGAACUGCAACAGUAUUGCUAGCGUUUACAUUUUCCAGUCAGAAAUAUGUUGGGGAGGUGGUGGAGGCAGUGGGAGAGCGGGCAGCACGAGCCAUUUCCUUACUGCUCCCCUCACCACCCGCCUGUGUUGGCUCUCUAAGAAAAAAGGUCUCCAGCCUUCAUUAAAUCCAGUAAACAAAGCUCUUAAUAAUCUGCUUUAUUGACUUCUUUUCCUUUCCCCAUAUUCCCCUCCGGUCCCCCCCGCCCCCCCCCCCCGCAUUUUAUCUUCAAUUCUCGGGCUACUGUAGAAUAAGGAAAUUUUGAAAUAACACUUCAGCCAAAGCAGAAGGCUUUCCACAGAUCAAUAUGCAAAUAGUUAUGCUGUGACAUAGAUGGGUAAUUGUCCAUUCCCUACUAUCGGGUGGCCGGGUGGGAGGCGCCGGAGCUGAAUUUUGCAUAUUUCUGGUUGGUAGUCAGUUUAGCCUGUUUCCUCUUGCAUAUUUUGGGGGCACAGGGAGAGGGUCCCGUGUUUCCUUUCGCGCCCUUUGGGGAAGCUGAUGAUCACUGUUGGGGCAUUUCUGUUACUCCUGUUCCAGAGGUUCUUCUCAGUCUGCACUGAAAAAUGCAAAUUAAACUGGAUCUUAUGUCAGUGUGUACAUAGUCCAAGCUUUUUUUACUGGAAGCAAAGUUUAAAACCACACACUGCCCUUUUGGUGGUGUGCCUGCUGGGCCAAAAAUUGGGUGAUAAUGUAGUGUCACUUUCUCAGCUCAAUGCAGUUUCUACUCUUUUUCUUAUGGGAGAAUUUUUCAUAAAACCUUUUUUCACCAAAACCCAGGGGUGUUUUUUGCAAUAUCCUUGUUAUCCUCCUAGUGGUGCCAAGUCAGAGGCCUCCCUUCCCCUUCUCCCAUGUCCUUAUGCCUCCCCAGGGCGCCGUUGGAUUCAACAGUCUGCAUCCUCUGCUGUGUGCUGGAGAAUGUGGUGGGGGUAGUGGGGAGGGAAGGUGGCCGUUCCCUCUCCCCGUGAACUACUACUAGUCCCUUUUGGGGAAGGUGGCUGGAAAUAGGUUUUUGCUGAAUUUCGGGCUCCCGUUUUCUGGCCAGGAAAGGCAAGACCCUCAGAGAGCCUUCUUUUUUGACACACACCAGUCAUUGGCCGGAGGUCUUGGUGACAGUUUUUAAAAUCUCAAAUGGUUUUAUUUGGAUUAUGUAAAAGCCUAUCAAAUUUAUUUAAGGGUGAAACAUGGGAACAACGGACUUCCACUGAGCGAUAUGAAAACGUUACAGGUUCAGUACUUCCAAAGGAAGAAACCUCCAAACCCAAAAAAAAAGAGUAAAUAUGAAUUUGUAUUUUUUGAAGAAUGUGAAAUAAUGGUGUUUGCUUAAUUGCUCAUUUUGUAUAAACUUAAUAUUGUACUUUAAAAUAUCUGCU